GAGGCAUUUUGGCAUUUUUAUAAUCUGCUAAUCAUGUCCAUGACAUUUUUAACCAAGGGAAAAGGUGACUACCAGAUUGAAUAUAUACCAGCUCCAAGAAUAACCGAAGCAGACAAAACAAAUGACAAAAAGCUGAAGCAGUAUUUAAAGUUUGCAGGAAGAGUGAGUCACGCUCAAAAACAGGAACUAGAAUCAGAACUUCUGAUGGCAUUUAAGAUUUGGUCAUUACAGAGAACACUUGAUAGACGAUUGUAUCUUCUUCUAUAUGGUAACACUUAUGGGGCUCCUAGUGGGAAGCCCGUCUGGCAUUUUCCAGGAAAAGUUUUUGAGUCAGAGGAGACAUUACACAAGUGUGCAGAGUCUGCUUUAAAAUCUGUUAUAGGGGACCUUUCUGAUACUUAUUUUGUUGGGAAUGCUCCAAUGGGGCAUAUGGUUAUGCAACCAACAAAGAAUGUUCCUGAACCUUGUAAGGAAUUCUUCUUCAAGUCUCAAGUUAUUGCAACCAACAAAUUCAACAUUGGAAAAUGUAAGGAUUUUGUUUGGAUAACCAAGGAUGAACUAUUGGAAUAUAUCCCUGAGCAAGCCAAAUUCCUUAACAAGAUGAUUAUCAGCUGAUGAAGGAAAGCCAGUUCAUUUCCGAGCCACUUAGGUCCCUUCUCAGAGCCAAAUUUCAUUUUUGAACAAAUUUUGACAGUUGAUAUCAAACAUGAUUGCUGACAUAGAAGAACAUAUGAUGCCAUAAAAUGCUCACAUGAGUCUAUAUAUCACUCUCAUCACUGAUCCAUUGACUUGGGGUUAGAUUAAAUGUUCCAAUUUUUG